UUAUUUGAGUCGAAUGCAUAUUWUAGCAAGGGUGGGGGGUAAAGAAAAGGGAGAUUUCGUGUAGUUUAGGAUGUAAGGUGAUGUUUCUUUGUAGGACACCAUCCGGUUUGGUUCUUAUAUAACAGCUCAGCCUCUUCGUCGUGUUUCUGCGCGCGGUUUGGAGACCUCCUCCUCCUCCUCCUCCUCMUCCUCUCUYUGCUUCGGUUCAUGACAGAUUCCAAAAGGUGGCCUUUCGGAGAUCUGCCACAUUCCCCUCCUUCCUCUUCCUCUUCCUCUUCCUCCAGGGUACCGGGGAUCAGCACCGUGGACAGCUCCCAGCCUCCUCACGCAAACCGCCGCCCGCGGUUCGCUGCUCGCGCGCGCAAAGUAGGACGCGGGGAGUUCGAGGCGCACUCGGAACCCAUGCGAGACCGCAGCUCCGUGGAUUUAUCCGCUGUUCGCUGACCACCCGGAUGUGACCCAGCUGAGGAUCGGAGUCCGCGGUCAGAAGCUGGAACAAUGAUCUCACGAUACAAACCGAGUCCCAGCUCCACCAUGUCCUUGGCUUUCUGUGGGAGCGAGAACAACUCGUCGGCCUACAACGUGGACGGGGGCGUUCUGAACAACGGCUGCUUCCUGGAUGCGCUCAACGUGGUCCCGCACGUCUUUCUCCUCUUCAUCACCUUCCCCAUCCUCUUCAUUGGUUGGGGCAGCCAGAGUUCAAAGGUUCACAUCCAUCACAGCACCUGGCUUCACUUCCCUGGACACAACCUUCGCUGGCUGCUCACCUUCGUCCUGCUCUUCAUCCUCGUCUGUGAGAUCGCAGAGGGCAUCGUUUCAGAUGGGUUUACCCAAUCCCUCCAUCUCCAUCUCUACAUGCCUGCAGCUCUGGCUUUCAUGGCUGGCAUCACUUCUAUUAUCUACUAUCAUAACAUUGAGACCUCCAAUUUCCCCAAACUGCUUUUAGCCCUGCUGAUCUACUGGGUGCUCGCCUUUAUCAUGAAGACCAUCAAGUUUGCCAAGUACACAGAACACGGCAUCGGCCCCGGGCAGCUUCGCUUCUGCAUCACAGGACUGCUGGUGCUGCUGUACGGACUUCUACUGGCUGUGGAGAUUAAUGUCAUCCUGGGCAGGCGCUACAUGUGUUUCGCCAACCCAACAGAGGUGAAGCCCCCCGAAGACCUCCAGGACCUCGGCGUCCGGUUCCUGCAGCCCUUCGUCAACCUGUUGUCCAAAGCCACCUACUGGUGGAUGAACACGUUCAUCACCUCCGCUCAUCGACGGCCCAUCGACCUGAAGGUCAUCGGCAAGCUGCCCAUCGCCAUGAGGGCGCUCACCAACUACAUCAAGCUGCGCCAGGAGUUUGAGGAGCAGAAGAAGCCUCAGGGCACUGCACCCCAAGGACCAAAAUGGAUCUGGCUGGCUUUGAGGAAAGCGUUCGGCAGGCCCCUCGUCCUCAGCAUCACAUUCCGCUUCAUGGCMGACCUGCUGGGCUUCGCUGGUCCUCUCUGCAUCUCUGGCAUCGUUCACCACAUCAGCAAAGACAAUCGCACCAUUCAACAACCGAUGAAGCUACUCGGCAUCUAUUUUAUUUCCUCCAAAGAGUUCUUAGAGAAUGCGUACGUGCUGGCCGUGCUGCUCUUCAUCGCUCUGCUCCUGCAGAGGACCUUCCUGCAGGCCUCCUACUACGUGGCCAUUGAAACUGGAAUCAACCUGCGAGGAGCCAUACAGACCAAAAUCUACAACAAAAUCAUGCGCCUGUGCACGUCCAACAUGUCCAUGGGAGAGCUCACCGUCGCUCAGAUUUGUAACCUGGUUGCCAUCGAUACCAACCAGCUAAUGUGGUUCUUCUUCCUCUGUCCGAACCUGUGGGCAAUGCCGGUACAAAUCAUUCUGGGAGUUAUGCUCCUCUACUACCUCUUGGGAAUCAGUGCCUUGAUUGGAGCGACCAUCAUCGCCGUGUUAGCUCCGGUGCAAUACUUUGUGGCCACAAAGUUGUCACAAACACAAAAGAGCACUCUGGAGUAUUCCAGCGAGCGGCUGAAGAAGACCAACGAGCUGCUGAGGGGCAUCAAGCUGCUGAAGCUGUACGCCUGGGAGCACAUCUUCAGGGACAGCGUGGAGGAGACCAGAGGCAAAGAGCUCACCAGCCUGCAGGCCUUCGCUCUCUACACAUCUAUAUCCAUUUUCAUGAAUGCAGCUAUUCCCAUCGCAGCUGUGCUGACGACGUUCGUGGUCCACGUCCACAUCUCCGAGGACGCCGAUCUGUCCCCGGCUGUGGCCUUUGCCUCCCUCUCCCUCUUUCACAUCCUGAUCACGCCCCUCUUCCUCCUCUCCAGCGUCGUGCGCUCCACCGUCAAGGCUCUCGUAAGCGUUCAGAAGCUCAGCGAGUUUUUCUCAAGCGACGAGAUCGGCGAUGAGCAGGAGCCCCAAACAAUGCUGACCUCCAGCUGCAGCAAUCACAACCAAAACAGAUACCAGGCUGUGAUAACUAGUGGUUAUUUCACCUGGACAGACGGACCGCCGACACUUUCUGAUGUGGACAUUAAGAUUCCCUUUGGAAAGCUGACGAUGAUUGUGGGUCAGGUGGGCUGUGGGAAGUCGUCUCUGCUGCUGGCAGCUCUGGGAGAGAUGCAGAGAGUGUCGGGAACAGUCAUCUGGAACAGCCUGCUGGACCUUGAAUCUGAGAGAGAUGAAAGUCCCACAGACAGAGAGGCAACAGGUGACAGAGACGUCAGGAAGAGAGGUCCUGUGGCCUACGCUUCCCAGAAGCCCUGGCUGCUGAACGCCUCUUUGGUGGAGAACAUCACCUUUGAGAUGCCCAUGAUCAAAUCAAGAUACAAAGCAGUCAUCGAGGCCUGCUCCCUUCAGCCUGACAUUGACAUCCUUCCUCAGGGGGACCAGACAGAGAUUGGGGAGCGGGGAAUAAUCCUAUCAGGGGGACAGAAACAACGAAUCAGUGUGGCCAGAGCUCUGUACCAGCAGACCAACGUGGUUUUUCUGGACGACCCAUUUUCUGCCUUAGACAUCCACCUGAGUGAUCAUCUGAUGCAGGACGGCAUCCUGAAGAUGCUGAGAGAAGAGAAAAGAACCGUGGUGUUGGUCACACACAAGCUGCAGUACCUACCGCACGCAGACUGGAUUAUUGCAAUGAAAGACGGCACGAUCCAGACCGAAGGGACUCUGAAGGACAUCCAGAACUCGGAACCCGAACUCUUCGAGCACUGGAAGACCCUAAUGCACAGACAGGACCGGGAGUUUGAGACGGAGACGGUUGCAGCGAGCUUGACUGACAUGGAGAGGAAGAACCUUCGGAGGGCCAUGUACUCCAGGGAUGCAGUGAGGACCGAGGACGACGAGGAAGAAGAGUCUGUGGAAAGCGACGACGAGGACAACCUGUCCCAAGUGAUGCGCCAGCGGGCCACCAUCCCAUGGCGUUCUUGCGGCACCUACCUGUCCUCCGCCGGCCUCCCCCUGCUCGCCCUGCUCCUCCUCUCGCAGCUCCUCAAGCACUCCCUGAUGGUCGCCAUCGACUACUGGCUGGCUCGCUGGACGUCGCACGUCAUCAUGGCCAAGAUCGAAGCCAAGACCCACAACUGUACCGUCGCGCAGGACUGUGGCUUCAGUCACUCAUGGUAUCUGUCCGUGUUCAGCGUCCUGUGCUGCCUGGGCAUCGUCCUCUGCCUCGCCACCUCUGUGACCGUGGAGUGGACGGGCCUGAAGGUGGCCAAAGAGCUUCACCACAACCUGCUCAAUAAGAUCAUACUGGCCCCCAUGAGGCUGUUCGAGACGACGCCGCUUGGCAGCAUCCUCAACAGGUUCUCCACCGACACGAACACCAUCGACCAGCACAUCCCCACCACCCUGGAGUGCCUCUCCCGCUCCACCCUGCUGUGUUUGUGCGCCCUGGGCGUCAUCUCCUAUGUGACGCCCGUGUUCCUCAUCGCCCUCCUGCCGCUCGCCGUCGCCUGCUACUUCAUCCAGAAAUACUUCAGGAUGGCUUCCAGAGACCUGCAGCAGCUGGAGGACAGCACUCAGCUCCCUCUGCUCUCCCACUUCUCUGAGACGGUGGAGGGUCUCACCACCAUACGAGCCCUCAGGUACGAGCCCAGGUUCAGGCAGAGGUUGCUGCAGUUCACCGACGCCAACAACAUCGCCUCGCUCUUCCUCACAGCUGCCAACCGUUGGCUGGAGGUCCGCAUGGAGUACAUCGGAGCCUGUGUGGUGCUGGUGGCAGCUGUGGCCUCCAUCACCAACUCUCUGUACAACCAGCUGUCCCCUGGUCUGGUGGGGCUGGGACUCACGUACGCUCUCAUGGUGUCCAACUACAUGAACUGGAUGGUGCGGAACUUGGCAGACAUGGAGGUUCAGCUCGGCUCGGUCAAGAGGAUUAACGGUCUGCUCAAAACCGAACCGGAGAACUACGAAGGACUCCUCACUGUGUCUCAGGUCCCUGACGGWUGGCCCCGGCAAGGAGAAAUUAAGAUCCAGAAUCUGAGCGUUCGAUACGACGCCACGCUCAAGCCGGUACUCAAAAAUGUCAACGCAGACGUGAGCCCCGGUCAGAAGGUGGGAAUCUGUGGCCGAACCGGCAGCGGCAAAUCAUCUUUCUCCUUGGCUUUCUUCCGCAUGGUGGACAUGUUCGAAGGGAGGAUUGUGAUCGACAACAUCGACAUCUCCAAGCUGCCUCUGCAGACCCUCAGGUCUCGGCUGUCCAUCAUCCUUCAGGACCCCAUCCUGUUCAGCGGCACCAUCCGGUUCAACCUGGAUCCAGAGAUGAAAGCAACAGAUGAGAUGUUGUGGGAAGCAUUGGAGAUCGCUCAGCUGAAGCCUGUUGUUAAAACUCUCCCAGGAGGUCUGGAUGCCAUGGUGACGGAGGGAGGAGAAAACUUCAGUCAGGGUCAGAGGCAGCUGUUCUGUUUGGCCAGAGCCUUCGUGAGGAAGAGCAGCAUCCUCAUCAUGGACGAGGCCACGGCCUCCAUCGACAUGGCCACGGAGAGCAUCCUGCAGAAGGUGGUGAUGACUGCUUUUGCUGACCGGACAGUAGUGACCAUAGCACAUCGUGUCCACACCAUCCUGAACGCCGACCUGGUGAUUGUGAUGAAGCGGGGGAUCAUCCUGGAGUACGACACCCCCCAGGCCUUGCUGGACAGGGAGGACAGUGUCUUCGCCUCCUUCGUGCGAGCCGACAAGUAAAGAAGCACAAGAAGGGGGAAAAAAAAGCUGGCGAGCAUCAAAGGAAGACAUUCAAAGUGCAAUUGUCCCAUGAAAUAUAUGUAUAUUCCCUUUUUUAUAUUUUAAAUCAUGGUGUAUUAUAUUUGUACAUACAAAUAUUAAUUCUUUGUUAAUAAAACAUAAAUUAUCA